ACGGAGCCAUAUGGUAUGAGAGUCGAAUCUUUAGAUCCACUCUAUGGAAACGACCAGUAUGAGGGUUUCGCGGUUGAUUUGAUAAAAUUGCUAUCUGAUAUGAGGGGAUUCAACUAUACAUUCAUCCUAAGAGAAGAUAAGGCCAAUGGAAAAUUUGACAAUGCUACAGGCAAAUGGACUGGAAUCAUUGGGGAUUUAAUUGAAGAGACUGCUGAUCUUGCAAUCUGUGAUCUCACUAUUACCAUGGAAAGAGAAGCCGUAGUAGACUUUACAGUCCCAUUCAUGAUGCUAGGUAUCAGUAUUCUCUACCAAAAACCCAAGAAAGCGCCUCCAAGCUUCUUUUCCUUCGCCGAUCCAUUCGCAUUUGAAGUAUGGGAACUUCUGAUGGUUGCUUGGAUCGGAGUAUCUCUGAUCCUGUUUGUUGUAGGAAGGAUUUCACCUGGUGAAUGGGAGAACCCUUAUCCUUGUAUAGAAGAACCGGAAUUUUUAGUCAACCAGCUGGAUUUCAGGAACUGCUUGUGGUUCGUCACAGGAUCUAUUAUGCAGCAGGGAUCAGAAAUCGAACUCAAGUCGUUUUCCACAAGGAUGAUAGCCGGUAUGUGGUGGUUCUUCACUCUCCUUAUGGUUUCUUCUUAUACUGCCAAUUUAGCAGCGUUUUUGACAACAGAAAAACCGGAUCCACAUUUCACCAACUUCAAAGAACUCGUGGAGAACGCAGAACGGAAGAAUAUCAAACUUGGGGCCAAAAGAGGUGGAGCAACAGAGUCAUUUUUUGAAGACAAAUGGAAAGCAGACCCUACCUCUGAUUUCGGAAAAGCUUGGCCUCUGAUUCAGAAAACAAGAGACGUAAUCAAGAUUCCUGAUAAUGUCGACGGCGUCUAUCAUGCCAGGCAAGGAUACUACGCCUUUUUCAUGGAAGACAAAUCAAUUGAGUACGAGACGCAACGAAAAUGUGACCUUAAUCAAGUAGGGGGUAAACUGGAUGAAAAGGGUUAUGGUAUAGCUAUGAGGAAAAAUUCAACUUAUAGGAAUAGUUUGAGUACGGCUAUUCUCAAACUACAGAACUCUGGAAAAAUUGAUGAAAUAAAAAGAAAAUGGUGGGAGGAACGGAAAGGUGGGGGUCAGUGUUCUUCGGAUGGAGACAAUUCGGACGCCACACCCCUAAACCUCAAGGGUGUAGAAGGGGUGUUUUGGGUUACAAUUUUAGGAACAAUCCUAGCUUUUUUCCUGGCUCUUUUGGAAGCAAUUAUUCAAGUGGCAAGGAAAGCAAUGAGAACUGAAACAUCUUUCAUCGAAGCACUCAAGGAGGAGGUCAAGUUUUAUUUCAAAUUUGGAAAAAUGGAAAAACAGGUGUUAUAUCCGGAAAGUAGUUCCAAAUCUCCGUCAGCGGAAGAAGAGAACCAGUGCCAAUACGGUUUCGUUGUGAAUCCACAAAUGAGCUUGGAAACUCUGGAAAGCAACAACAGCCUCAAGAAUAAAAGAAGUAGGAGUAAAAGAAGUAGAAGUAGAAGAAGUAGGAGUAGAAGAAGUAGGAGUAAGAAGUGAGCAUGAUUUUAAAUGCAUUAAUUAGUUUUAGUAAAACUGUGAACUUGAUUAUAUUCGAUGAUUAUGUUAACAAUUUUGACAGAACUGUAAAUAUAGUACAAAAGAAUCA